GAACGGCCCGGCCGCGGGCCCCACGCUUUUCUUUGCUUUUGCUUUCGACAUCGGGGCCAUGGUGGGGACUGCGAGUUUCAAGAAGGUCGCCCACUUCUUGCGCCCGUGGCAUUGGGGCAGCAUUGCAGUCAUUUCUUUGAGUGCUGCAUGUGUGCUUCUUCGACGGAACCCUAAGCCAAUGUCAGCCAGAGUGGAAGGUUGGCGCCUGUCAAGAAGUGAGUUGAGGGAGGUGCUGAAGAAGUAUGAAAAGUUGGUAGCGAAGGACGCCCGUGCCUUACAGCACAGCAGCACCGCGCGGCUCCUCGGCGCCGAGCGCUACCAGCGACGCACCGCGGCGAUGCGCCACGCCGCCGAGACGAAUCAACGCUUGGUCGAGCAGCUCCUCGACGACCUGCCCGAUGACUCCUGUGACCGAACGGCGCUCGUCAGCGAGAACCGUUCGGAGGUUUGCACACCGCCUGCAAGGCCAGUGGCAGAGUUCCGUAGCUUGGGCAACAGUCUUGCCACCGUGUCCCGCGCGUACGGCACGUUACAAUCGGUGUUUGCCCACCUGAUGCGUGAUUGGAGUGGCAUUAGCGAGCAGACGGUGAUCUCAAACCAGUAUGGCCAGCUGCUGGAAGAGGUGAAGCCACAUCUUCCACGUGGAAGCCACGUUUUGGUGCCCGGUGCUGGUUUGGGACGCCUGGCGCUGAUGUUGGCGGGAGAAGGCUUUCAGGUGGAGGCCAAUGACGCCUCUGCGCUCUUCAUGACUUUUGCCGAUUAUAUUUUGAACCGGGCCCCACUGGCAACGCCGUUCUUUCCACUGGCCCAUGCCUUCUGGGAGAACUGGGGCCUGGAGCAGCAAUACACCGAACUCACCGUGCCCAACGUGUCUCCACGCAGCGUGGCGAACUCCAGCGGUCCCGUGGAGGGGUCCCAAGCGCCGGUGGUGGUGGUCCCGGGCGAUUUUCUCAGAACUUACCAGACUGGUGGGCCUGGCUUCAGACAAUUCGAUGCGGUGGUCCACAAUGCUCCGUCGUCUCCGUCGGGUGGAGACGGAGGCCUCCGUCUCUCAGGCGGAGCUGAAGGACGUGAAAGAGGAAGCGAAGGUCGGUGGCUCUCGAUAUAUCUUUGCCACCCCGAAUGGGUUCAUAUGCCGGAUUCUGGACGUUGAAAGUUGGAGCUUUCGCACCAAGAAACUCGCACUGAACAUGUGCACAGCGCGACCAAAAAAACGUCCGGAAGGAGGGGCACCACAUGGCAACGUGAAAUUGUCAAGACACUCUACAAGGCAUUGAGCGGAGACUUUCUGCGGCUCGUUUCACCAAAUUCGAUGCGUCUCUUGAUUUGAGAAUUCAGCUGGUUGAAACAGCCAAUCAUGUGGUUCUGCCUUGGGACAGCCACAUGGGCACGGAAGAAUCAAGUCUGUCCAACCUUCAGGACGUCAUAUGUCCUACCAGCCAGUGUGAAUCACAAAUUUGGGACUGGAUUCAGGCGAUUUCAUCAUAAACACUCAGCCAAGGCGGGUCCUCGACGAUGAGCGAAGAUGCGAAGUGGAAGAACCGAAGUCCAAAGAAGUGAAAGAAAGAACUCCACGUUUUCCUCGCAUGUUUUUCCAUUUGUAGGCCUGUCGGACAUCCAAGGCCGCUCAAGGGACCUACUC